AUGCUGCAGGUGCCGGCCGUGCUGUGCGUGUGCGCGGCCGCGUGGUGCGCUCAGGCUGCCGCCGCGCUGGCUGCGGCCGGGGGGCGGGCGGACGGCGCCAAUUUUCUGGACGAUCGGCAGUGGCUGACCACGGUCUCGCAGUACGACCGCGAAGUCGGGCAGUGGAACAAAUUCCGAGACUGCAAACUGGAGUAUCAGGCAUGUGUCUUGGGAAAGCAGGUCUUGGUCAGAUGCGAAGGGCAUUGCCCGUGUCCCUCAGAUAAGUCCACCAGUACGAGCAGAAGUGUUAAGAGAGCGUGCAGCGGCCCGGAGUUCCGGGAAGUGGCGAGCAGGCUGCGGGACUGGUUCAAGGCCCUCCACGAAAGCGGAAGCCAAAGCAAGAAGGCAGAAGCGUUGCUGCGGCCAGAGAGAAGCAGGUUCGAUACCAGUAUCUUGCCAAUUUGCAAGGAUUCACUCGGCUGGAUGUUUAACAGACUUGAUACAAACUAUGACCUGCUGUUGGACCAGUCGGAGCUGGGAAGCAUCUACCUUGACAAGAACGAGCAGUGCACCAAGGCCUUCUUCAACUCCUGUGACACGUACAAGGACAGCCUGAUAUCCAACAACGAGUGGUGCUACUGCUUCCAGAGACAGCAAGACCCACCUUGCCACACGGAGCUCAGCAGCAUCCGGAGGCGGCAGGGCGAGAGGAAGCUCACGGGGCAGCACGUCCCGCGGUGUGACGAGGACGGCUACUACAAGCCCACGCAGUGCCACGGCGGGGCCGGGCCGUGCUGGUGCGUGGACAGGUUCGGGAACGAGGUCGCGGGGUCCCGGAGGGACGGAGCCGCCGACUGCGCUGUCGAUUUUGAGACGUCUGGAGAUUUUGCGAGUGGAGAUUUCCAUGAAUGGACGGAUGACGAGGAUGCCGAAGAUGACCUUAUGAACGAUGAAGAUGAAAUUGAAGAUGAUGAUGAGGACGAAGGGGACGAUGAUGAUGGUGGUGAUGACCACGAUGGGUACAUCUGA